CAGACGGGAGCUAAUAUAAACGUGCUGCCGUUCACGCGGGGCUAUCAGGGGCUAAGAAAACAGCGCAGCCUCUGUCACUGACCUGCGGUGCUUCAAAGAGACAGCGGGACGCGCCGAGCUCCGGCCCAUGUGAGCAGGCAGCGGCCAUGGCCACGCUGGAGGGCUGCCACUGCCGGGGAGCAGGCAGCCGAAAUAACAACAGCAUCCUCUACAACAUUUUGAAGAGUGACAGCCUUGCGACCACCGAGGAAAAACAUCAACAUCAACAUCAACAUCAACAUCAACAUCAACAUCAACAUCAACAGCAGCAUCAACAACAAACACUGCACCAAUUCUUGCACAGGACCUCCUCCCCCUCUUCCUCCUCCAUCUCGACCUCCGCCGCCUCUGCCCCAACUUCCUUGCGGGAGCUACGGCAACAGGCUUGCUCCUGCGGCUCGACGCGGCGCCGCGGCGUGCUCCGCUCCCCGCAGGUGACGUGUAAAGCGGCGUCGGCGGUGCUGGUGAAGACGCUGCGCUUUGUGAAGAACGUGCCGUGUUUCCGCGAGCUGCCCGAGGACGACCAGCUGAUGCUCGUGCGGAGCGGCUGGGCGCCUCUGCUCGUGCUGGGGCUCGCGCAGGACCGGGUGGAUUUCGAGACCACGGAGACGGCGGAGCCCAGCAUGCUGCAGCGCAUCCUCACGGGUUUACCGGACAGGCAGAGCGAGCUGCCUGCCGGGCAGAGCAGAGGGGCGGCCGGGGUCUCUCUCCUGGACAUCCAGGCUAUCAAAGCGUUCCUGAAGAAGUGCUGGACUCUAGAUAUCAGUACCAAGGAGUAUGCCUACCUGAAAGGAGCCGUGCUGUUCAACCCAGAUCUGGAGGGUUUGCGCUGUCUCCAUUAUAUCCAGUCUCUGCGUCGGGAGGCGCACCAGGCGCUCAACGAGCACGUCCGGCUCAUCCACCGUGAGGACACGACGCGUUUCGCCAAGCUUCUCAUAGCUUUGUCCAUGCUGCGGGCCAUCAGCCCCCCAGUGGUCGCUCAGCUCUUCUUCAAGCCCGUCAUAGGGGCCGUCAACAUGGAGGAAGUGCUGCUGGAGAUGUUCUAUGGGAAGUAGGUCACCUCCACAGUGGACUGAGGUUGAAAUCAGCGGAUUCAGCUGGGAGAGACAGACCACAAAGCAUCAAGCUCCUGUUGGUUUGAAGGAGACGAGUGAUGGAGGACUGUGACUGAAUUUAUAACUGCUGUUUGUGGUAGAACUUCAAGGACUGUAAAAUGGCAAACACAUGCAAGUGUGUGCAUGUUAGUGUGUGUGUGCAUGUCUGUGUGUGUGUGUGUUUGAGAGAGAGAGAGAGAGAGAGAGAGAGAGAGCAGGGUGAUGUGAUGAAAGAGAAAAAAAAAAUGGAGGAGCUGCUGGACUUCAUAACUUAUUGCUUUUUAUAUAAACUAUUUUUCUAUAAUAAAAAAAAAUCUCUGAACUGUUA